GUUGUGAGUUCAGUGGAGUUCAGUGAGUUGUGUCGUGCAGAGACUCGUCGUCGUCGUCGUCGUCUUCUUCCGCAUCUUCGGACUCGGAGCGGCGGGGCCCGGCAGAGGCAGAGAGGCAGGCAACGGUGCGCGGCCAGUACGCUAGUCGCUCGCGGUCAUCCAAGAGCCGCAACAGGCACGGACCAGUUCGGACGUGUUUUGUCCGUUUAUCUUACACGGACUUAUUAUCUUGUGUGUCGUCCUAAAACGUUGCUCAAACGUUGCGUCAGCCUCUCGCUUUUUCCUUUCGAUCGUUCACUUCUACAUUCGUAAAGAACGGAAAAUAUUGACUCGACGACCGGUGUUUCCUCCGUUUAUCUUACAUGGACUUAUCUCAUGUGUCGUCCUAACCUAAAACGUUGCGUCAGCCUCUCGCUUUUGCCUUUCGAUCGUUCACUUCUACAUUCGUAAAAAACGGAAAUUAUUGAAGGCAAAGAUGGACGAUAUCUCUAGCGAUCUGGCCUUAUCGAACAUCGAUUGUCAGAGCAUUCACGGCGACAGAGGUCAAACAGAUAGGGAACAAGCCUUAGUAGAAGAUCUGAAGACUGGAGCCAUUCAGAUUUUUCUCGCGACCGAUGUGGCUAGACGAGGAAUUGACAUUGAAGAUAUUACAUGAGUCUAACACACGUACUGAAUUACGACUUCUCGAGGGAUAUAAAGGAAUACGUUCACAGAGUCGGCCGUACUGGACGCGCAGGUCGAACGGGCGAGAGUAUCACUUUUAUGACAAGGCAGGACUGGCAUCAUGCCAAGGGACUCAUUGACAUUCUCGAAGAGGCUAAUCAGGAAGUAUCUGAGGAAGUAUAUAAAAUGGUUGAAAGAUGUGACGCAUGGAAGAAGAAGAAAGAUGCGGAGCAAUCAUGUGUCAGAGGAUUCAACAGAAAUAGCGGUAGAAGCCACUAUCGCACUUAAAACGGCCAAUUAAGGAUGCUAGGAAUAUGGAUUACAUUGUGUUCAGUAUAAUCAAUAUCAGGUUUAACACAUUGUGAUACUAUUUUUAGUUCGUACAAUCUCGAUAAGAUUAAUUUCGUAGAACAACUCAAUGUUUCUUUUCUUUGUUUUAAUUCUACACAUUACAUAUUUUAUUUGUUCAAAAGACAUAACAUUUAUAAUA